CUGGAGAGAUUAGAAGAGGGGAAGACGGACACACAUACACACACUUAUCCAUAUCUACAAGCGGCCAGCAACCCAAGUCAGACCUAUGUUGAUGCAGCUGACAGGAGUCGAUCUAGUUUGGACCAAGGGGGGAUAGACUCGCUGUUAUCAGACCCCGGGCCCCUGAUCCAAGAGCUAGUGACUGAGACAAAGGGUCUGGACGGAUCCGCUGGGUAUGAGGGCGUCUUUGCCAGACCGCUGACUUCUUUGAAGCCCACAAAUCACCCUGGACUCACUUGGUGACCCUGGAGUGUUUUCUGGGGAAAAACACUAAACGUUUCUGGAACUUUUUUUAAAAGGUGUUGAGAAUACAUUCGGAAGUCCUCCGGGCUUGUUGGAAGUUUUUGAAUCGGGGGGGGGGGGAAACGUUUUGAGAGGUUGAGAGCGCCUCAACCCUCUUAAAAAAAACUGUUGGGAUCGACGGUUGACUACGUUUCAGCCAUGAGCUUCUUCGGCUACCGGCGGGAGCUCAGCAAGUACGAAGACGUGGACGAAGACGAGCUCCUGGCCUCCCUCAGCCCGGAGGAGCUGGCCGAGCUGGAGAAGGAGCUGACGGACAUCGACCCGGACGCCAACGUACCCACCGGGCUGAGACAGAGGGACCAGACGGACAAGACCCCCACGGGGACCUUCAGCAGGGACGCCCUCAUGAAGUACUGGGAGUGCGAGACGCAGAAACUGAUGGAGGAUGAGAUCAGCGGGGGCAGUCCUAAAAUGGAUGGGGAACAGGAAACAGAAUGCGUGACGGAAAACAGCAGCGAGGCAGAGGACGAAAAAGACGACGUCACAGAGAAAGAAAUAAAGAAAUCGAUGAAUGAAAGAGAGGAAGACGAGGAAGAAGAUGAAAACAAGGAUGAAGAGGAUAAAGAGAGUGAGGAGGAAGAGGAGUUGGAGACAGAAGAAGAGGAGGAGGAGGAAGAAGAAGAGGAGGCUGAGACAGAGGAGGACGAAGAGGAGGAGGAGGAAGAGACUAAAACAAAACCAGAACAGCCAAAGUGUUCUGGGGUCGGCUCCAGUUUCUCUGUGGAAAGAGCUGACUCAGCUCUUUCCACACAGGAAGACACUCCUAAGCUCUUAAAACCUCAGAGGGUGGAGCCUAUUCGUGUGACUCCGCCCCCUCCAGCAGCGGACUGCAACGCCACUGGGAACCCGACCAUUGUCGACGACGUUCUGGAACGUAUCCUAAGCGACGACCCGGAACUAAGAGAGGUCAACCUCAACAACAUCGAUGACAUCUCCAAGGAGAACCUGAUCCGCUUCGCCGAGGCCCUGCGGUCCAACGGCCACGUGCAGACCUUCAGCCUGGCCAACACGCGGGCGGACGACGCCGUGGCCCUGGCCAUCGCCAAGAUGCUGGCCGAGAACUCGUCCAUCGUCAGCCUCAACAUCGAGUCCAACUACGUCAGCGGCAAGGGCGUGAUGGCACUGGUCCAAGCCCUCCCGCACAACCACACCCUGACCCAGCUGCGCUUCCACAACCAGAGGCACAUGUGUGGAGGACAGGUGGAGAUGGAGAUGGUGAAGAUCCUGAGGGAGAACCACACGCUGAUCAAACUGGGCUACCAGUUUAACCUCCCCGGGCCCCGGAUGAGCAUGACAGGGAUUCUGACCCGGAACCAGGACCGGCAGAGACAGAAGAGGCUGCAGGAGCAGAGGGAGCAGAACCAGAAGAACCAGCAGGGGGCGACAGAGGGGGCCGUUAACCCUCGCACCACUGCACUGAAAAGCACGGGCAUCUCCUCUCCCCUGUCCUCCCCCUGGUCCUCACCCAAACUCCCCCGGAACAUCAGCAAUGCGGCGCCCAAAGUCCAGCCUCCGCCCCCCCCCCCGCCGCCGCCUCCCCCUCCUCCCCCGCCGCCUCCUCCCCCUCCUCCCCCACUACCUCAGACGAAGAAGACGGCCAAGCCCACCAGGAUGAUCGCCGCGGUGAUACGGGCGCACGAGGAGGGGGGGAGCGGGGGGGAGGUGAGGAAGCAGAGGGGGGAGGGGAAGAGGAAGAAAGGGAAGAAGAGCAAGGAGAAAAAGGGGGGGGCGACGAUGGGGGAGACGGGGAGCAUCCUGAAGGAGCUGAAGAACGCCCUGCGGCCCGUGGGCUCGGAGCGGCGGGAGGAGGGGGGCGGCAGCCGGCCCUCCACGCCCCUGAGGUCGGCCCACGACCAGCUGAUGGAGUCCAUCCGCUGCAGCAACCUGAGGAGCCUGAAGCGGGUGCAAGUGCCACAAAGAUCUUCUAUAAUCGAUUGAAGAAGAUGGAUACGGAUGUAUGACUUUUUGAAUACAAGAACGCGUAAAGUACAGGUAACCAUGAAGGAUAAAACACCAAGUCACUGCAAUCGACAAGGAGAACAUCUCUCUAUUAAUGAUUAAAAAAUUAUACUGGAUUUCUGCACUGGAAUAUUAUUAAUACACUUCAACAAUGUAUUUGUAUUUUCACGGACGCCCAUUUAGAAUUUUUACUUGAUUUUAUUUUGUGUCAAACUAAUGUUUUGGACUAUAUUGGCUGUUUUUUUUAUAAAGGACUACAUUCUUGUAAUAAUGUAUAUAUGUGGUUGAAUUGUACACUCAUAAAUAGGCAGACUGUAUUAGCUAAAUGGAUACAACGGUAAUCAUCACAUGUUGCAGUCGAAUCCGUUGCCCAGGUAAUUCAAUAGGGUAUAGUACACUCCUCCUUACAGAGAAAUCUUAAAGGGUUUGUUUUAUUCAGUUCUAUACAAGUAAAGCAUAUGUGAAAUGGCACGAUAAAGUGCAUGUGAAUAAGUCAGUAAAUAAAGUGAAUAAAAUGCGUUACACAAUA